UUAUCUUUGUUCUCAGGUGCACUUGAUCACCUGCUCCGCUUUUCUCAGCUCAGCCAAUAAAUAUGAUUUCCUACAUUUAGGAUAUCCUCAAUACAUCUACACGGAAAACCUAAAGUGAGAAGACAUCAGGAUGAAUACAGCCAUUCCACCACAGCAGCCUCCAUCUCUCCAAAGAGAGAUGUCCAAUGACGCAAGUCCCUGUGACAGCUUUCCACAUCAAUCAUCCCUACCAUUCACAGGCUGUCCCCUCUGCCUCUGUCGUGCCCGUCCCCUUCUGUCAGUGAAAUGCCUUUUGGCCACAGACCCACCUUUAACCGAAACAUUUGCACCAAGGUGCUGCUGGCUGAGGGCAGAGAGUCACCCUUCACUGAACACUGCCGCAAUUUUGAGAAGAGCUAUAGGACAGAGGUCCAGAGGCUGAAGGACGAGGUUCAGGAGAUGCACAGAGACCUGACAAAACAUCACUCUCUCAUCAACACAGACACUAUGGAUGAGAUCCUGGAAAGGUCUCUACUCAUUGACGAACAGAUUGCAUCUCAGUACUCUGCUCUGCAGAUGUGGGAUGUGACCUUUCAAAGAGUAACCAAUGAGCAAGAGAUCUAUGAAGCACAGCUCCAUGACCUUCUGCAGCUGAAGCAAGAAAACUCUUACUUGACAACCAUUGCACGACAAAUUGGACCCUACAUCUUAUCCAUAGCCAAAGUAAAAGAGCGUCUGGAACCCAGGUUUCAAAAGCCUGAGAAUGACUGCAUGGACACUGUGGUGAAGAUAUGUGAGGACAGUGCAAUGACUACAGAACAAAACAGCUGCAAUGAGAAGAGUUGCUUAGCAGGCUAUGAUCGAGACUCUGACACAGACAACUCUCUCAUUCUGCCGCCUAGUGAGAUGCUACUAAAGAGCAGUGACUUCUGCUGGCAAAGAAAGCAGAUCAAUAUUUGAAAGGCCUCUUGCGGCCAAGAGCUGCCUUUAUAGAGCUUGUCUGGAUGAUAGUGAACACCGACUGCAAAUGUGGCAUGUGCUUUCAAGCAUGUGCUGGAUGUCAACACAUGAACAUGGGAUAAUUAAGAAGGACAUGAAUGGAAUAUUAAUAGCGUUUUACGUGUGUCAAAUCAAAUGGAACCUAGAUAUAAACCAGCUGGAUAGGAUGGCAC